CUCUUCGCCUUCAAUUGUUCCUUUAUUUCUUUACUUCUUUAUUUCUUUGUUUCUUUGUUUCUUUGUUUUCUUCUUUCACUAUUCACUUUCUUCCCUAUCCACUAUCCACUUAACUCAAUUACCUUCUACAAUGACCCUUUAUAGUACUAUCACACUUCAUACGACCGCCGACAGCUUCACUCUCGAACCCAUCUCCAGAGAUGGCUCCCCAGUGAAAGAAAAUGUGGUCAUCGACCGAAGCACGGGCAAUGUCCAAGUGAAUUCGCCUCCAACCAAGGCUUCCUCUGAAGCAGAGGCCAUGACCAUCUAUGGCAUUAUUGGUUUUCCUCGUCUCCUGGCUGGCGAGUAUAUGAUUGUUAUUACUGACAGGACAAAGGUUGGUCGCAUUGGAGAACAUGAUAUCUACAAGGUUAAAGAUUACAAAGUUCUCCCACUCUCUCGUAACAACAUGGCGUUGACAGAAGCCCAGGUUGGAGAGGAGGCUUCAUAUCUGUCUUUGCUCCAUGCUCAUCUCCAGUCAGCGCAGUUCCACUUCUCGUAUACGUAUGACUUGACCCACACACUUCAGCGUCAGUCUCAACUCAGACAAAGCACUAAGCCUAUAUAUGAGCGUGCUGAUGAGAGAUUCUUUUGGAACAGACGCCUUCAAACCAAGUUCAUUACUUAUAUGACGGAAAAUGAGGAUUCACCGUUGGCCAAAUCCAUUUUGCCUAUUGUCAACGGCUUUGCAGAGAUCAAAUCAGCAGAGAUCAACAAAAAGGCGUUUACAUUUGCACUGAUUUCUCGCCGCUCUCGCCAUCGUGUUGGAACUCGGUAUUUCACCCGUGGUGUAGACUCUCAGGGAAAUGUCGCUAAUUUUAACGAGACUGAGCAGAUUAUUAUCGCGGAUGCUGGCACCGAUGGCACGACUGCUUCAGCUCUUCCUGGUGAAAAACAGAUAUACAUGUCUCAUGUCCAGACUCGUGGAUCCAUUCCUAUUUACUGGACUCAGAUUAAUAACAUUAAGUAUACCCCUAAGCUUCAUAUUUUUGAGGACCCUGAAACGGAAAAUUCGUUCCGUAAGCAUUUUGAGACGCAGAAGCAACUCUAUGGAUCUCAGCUUGUUAUUAACCUCAUUAACAAGAAGGGCUAUGAGGGACCGAUGGGUGUUGCCUUCCAAAAGCACAUUGAUAUUUUGAACGAUCCUGAUAUCAAGUACCAUCACUUUGAUUUCCACCAUGAGUGUAGCAAAAUGAGAUGGCAUCGUGUCUCUUUGCUUCUUGACCACUUUAACGAGGAGCUUCAGUCACAAGGGUAUUUCAAGGCCGAGUUCAGCAAAGAUGGUACUGAAAAAGUCCUUCAGCAGCAAACAUCGAUUGUUCGUACCAACUGCAUGGACUGCCUCGACAGAACCAAUGUUGUUCAAUCGGUUGUUUCUCGCUGGGUUUUGAACCGCCAGCUGCGUGAGAUUGGUAUUUUAGGUGCUGACGAGAAAUUUGAGAUGUUCGAGCCUUUUGAGCUCCUAUUCCGCAAUGUCUGGGCUGACAAUGCCGAUGUUAUUAGCUGCGCCUACUCUGGUACAGGAGCUUUGAAGACUGACUUCACAAGAACCGGUAACCGCACUAAGGCCGGAGCUCUUCAAGAUCUUCAGAAUUCCAUCGUUCGCUAUAUCAAAAACAACUUUUUGGAUGGAAACCGCCAGGAUGCAUAUGACUUGUUCUUAUUGUAUGAUGUUGACCGUUCAGCAACUUAUCCUCUGGUUGAUAAGCGCACCUUGCAGAUGAAGGCCAUGCCUAUUGCCAUCUUGGUUGGUAUCAUUAUGAUUUUCGGCGCUAUUAUUAUUCCCGAAGAUCACUUCAGCACCCCCGUGAUUUUGUUUAUAUCCUUCUGGCUUGCUGUCAUCACCUAUAUGUUCCAGCUCUUGGUUGCCAACGGAGCCCAUUAUGUUAAUUGGCCAAGACUUGUUCCUUUGCCACAUAUCUCCUCCGGCAAGCUUGUAGCUGCUAAGGAAAAGGUCAAGUCUGCAGUGGGACUUAAGAGCGAAUAAUAAGGAUAAGCCUGAGGAAUAUCGUUAACGUUUAAUAUAGAAUAGAUUAUCAAACAGAAAUUAUAAAAAAUAAACCGUUGAUAAAGAUGACUUUGAC